AUGGUGGGUGGCAUCAUCCAGGGCACCGACAUCGGCCCGCGAUUCCCCCGCCGCGCCUCGCGGCCGAAGCUGGAAGAAGGCGCCGCCGGAGGCAUCUCUCGCCCGGUGAUCUGGCGCUACCACGAGAGCACCAAGGAAGUUGCCCCACAGGUCUACGAGCCUCCGCCCAAGCUGGGAUACCUGGAGCUGAUCCACAAGCACGAGCAGUUCAAGCAGGAGGAGCAGCGCAGCUGGGAACAGCAUCGUGCACAGGCAGAGCUGCGGCAGCGGAGGGCCUUCGACGGCGCCUUUGGCAUCGCCAGCGACCGGGGAGAGCAUCGGGAGGGAGGUGGUCGAAAGCGGAUUGCUGUGGGCGGCCCCGAGCAUCUCAACGCUCCGGAGGGCCACCCUCUCGCCGACCCGACACAGGAGGCGCUUGGCGAGCAGCUUUACGAUGGCGCAGCCGGUUGCAAAAGUGCUUGGCGAUCGCCGCGGCAGGAGGGCAUCCGCCCGGCACCUGUGGCCAACUUCUCCCAGCUGGAGGAGCACUCAGCUGAGAAUCGAGAGCAGCGGCUACGAGAUUUCGAAGGUGCAGCGGGACGACGGAGCGGCCUGCUUCUGGGCAGGCAGCGCGAGCUUCUUCCCCAGAGUGCUGCUGAGAGAGCUGGCUGGGGGCGUCAGGAGAUGGGCAGUUACCUGGCGCGAAGUCCGCGUGAUCGCGAGAUCAUCGACAAGAUGAUUGCAGGUGUGGAGCUCACCAUCGGCUGA